CCAAGCCAAAUUAAAUCAAUCGAGAUAAAUGAAUCGAGAAGGUGUCACGGAGUUUAUGUGAAUGGAAGUAGGGGAAUAUGUCUGCAACUUUCCUUAUUAGUUAAUACCCCUUUGUGUGCCUUACAUUGAUUGCUCUCGCCCGGGGCCGAAAAGGUCUUUAAUUCUUUUCCAUCCUCGCUUCCCAGUAACAGGCACUGCCUCGCAGUGCCGAUCUUCUCACCCCUGUUCCCAGGGACUUUGACAUCAGACUAUUAUCUCUUGUCAUCUCUGUCAUACCAUAAGUCCCAAUUUAGAAGCAUACAAAGCUCACUCGGCUUAAUAUCUGUCACUAACUCCCGCGUCUUUGUUCUACCUAUUUACUCCCCUGGUGUCGAACCAGAUCUACUUAUAAUACGACCUAGAGAUUCUCUAAGCUUCUACUUUCCUAGGAAUUCCUAAGCAUUCGGCAAUCUCCCAUAACUCAUACCUUAGCAAAACCAAAUUAGUCAAGAUGGGAAGCUUCACUUUGCGAACCGUGCUGUUGAUCGUGGCAGUCGCCGCGGCAGGACUCGCGUUCCCUGCCACUCAGGCCCCAGCUCCUACUCCCGCGGCAGCUCCCUGCACAACAGGCUCUCCCGUCGUGACGGCCGGAUACACUAUCAGCUACGCCCCAGCCGUGCCGACGGUGGCAUUCCAGAAUGGAUACCAGCCCGAGGAGGCGUGGUCCAAGAGCCACGUCAUCGCCACUUACACCUUUGGUGUCCCCCCGCCGGUCGAGUCCGGCUUCGCGUAUGCCCAGUUCAAGUGCCAGUACUACUGCAAUAACGCCGGGGUUGCCGGCUCCGGCAGCUUCUUUGUCAAUUACGCUGGCGAGGGGAACAAUAUUGGCUCGUAUUGCACUUGUUUUGAUGAGUUGCUGCAACCCGAAGGCUUCGUCGCUAACGACGAGACUAUGGUUGGUGGUUGGAACCAUAUCUGCGCCGAGUAAGGCAAUUUCUUGGAGCAGGGGAGGCGUGGUUACCUCAAGGGUCGAAAGGUUUAUUAGGUUAGGUGCUUAAUGCAGGUA